UUUAUCUGCUAUCUCAUUUCAGAUUCCCGAGAGAUUUUGACGAAGAAACCCUACAAAUACUCUCAAGCCAAUAAACAUACUAAACAGGUAAACUCAUGUAAAAAUUUCGGCAGUGAAUCGAGUGAACCUACAGUUGCUAAAGUCAUUCAGUAUCCUUCUAAGCAGGAGAUAUCUACAUCAUCUUCGUACAGCGGGUCAGGGGAGUACUACAAGAGGUACGAUUACGAUACUGUGCCGGUUAAAGAUACGCUAACUAGUGAAACCUCAACGGACUCGAGGGCGGAAAGGAUAUCCCUCACCGAAUCAUAUCUUAACAACAUUGAAAGAAACAUGUCCGAGGAAUUGCAAACGGACUCCUCGACGAACACACUAGAUUCGGGUAUUAAAUUCUUCAAAGUUACUGUCGAAGAGAUUUUUAGCAAAUUCUAUGAAAAUAUGCAUGACUUCGACUUGUACAAGAAGAAAUUCCACGAUAUAUUGAGCAAGGAACAAGGGGAAUGUGUGGAGGAAAUGGAAGAUUUUAUAAAAGACAUAAUUCGUCAUAUAAUGUCAUCUGAAUCUUCUGAUUUAAAUGCAGAAUUUCAGGUUAAAGAUAAAGUAUCUGAGAAUUCUGACAGCAUUUCAAAGCUAGAAGAUAUACCAUCAGUAAUGGAAGCGUUUAAAAACGAAAACUACAAUUCAAUGGAGUCAGCAAGUGACGAGAAAGGCAGUGAAAAUAAACAAGAUUUGAAGUACAAAGUGAACACCGCUGAAACACUGAACAUCUAUUUAAUGUCCAAGAACCCAUACCUCAAAAUCAAGAUGAACAAUAACAACAGUAAUUUGUCUGAAAUUCAAAUCAUGGAGCGAUGUAACUCAUAUAAUCAAGGCGUGAGUAAGCUCGUAGCUUCAGCGGAUGAUUUCAAGAUGCUCACUGCUAAAAAGAUGGAGUUGGCCAUGUUGGAGACGCUUAAAGAUGGCCCUGAGUUCGCGGAUCGUGAGAUACCUGUCAAAAUCUCCUUUGCUAAAAAAAACAUUCACUCCGACGACGAAAUCCAUCGCGAAUCAAGUAGGAGCGAGAAAUCUUUCCUAGGAUGCCUCUGCAGCUACUUGUGCAAGAAACUACGUAAAGCUACUAACUUGGGUUAUUAAUUUCAUUAAUAAAGCUCCUGCAACAA